GUUUCUAUAGCUACUCGUAUGAGUAAACAUCCUGGUGUUUUUAGAGAAAAUAAUGCAAUUAUGUUUUGCAACUAUUGCAAUUAUUCUGUUGAAUGGAGAGUAAAAUCUAUGGUUGAUGAUUAUUUAUUUCCUGAUUUUAAUCUUUUAAAAGUUCUUUUAUUAAAAGUUAAAGAAUUAUUUACAAACUCAUCCACAUAUAAAGGUUAUUAUUUAAAUCAUCUUCAAGUACAUAGAAUUAAUAAUCCAUGCAAAACUCCAUUACCUAAUAAAACAUGUCAGAAUUCAUGGUUCAAAAUAGUAUUUUAUACUAAAGAUUAUAUUAAAUAUUGGGCUUCAUUUUAUUUAGAAAAAUAUGAAAGAGAUACAAGCUAUGAUUUAAUUGCUGAAAUUAAUACGAUUUUACAAGAUAGAUAA